AUGUCGAGCAAGAGGCAUUCUAUCCUGCCGGCCGUCGAUCGCAGCGGCCCGAAACCUCCCGUCAACUUUUCCACGUCGCUUACGAUUUCCGACAAUGCGGUCCUGCUGGGCAUCCAUUCGAUCACGAUGCAGGCAGAGACGGUGAUUCAUCCCCGGUCGCGCAUCGAAUCAAGCGCUGGCAGCGUUCUUGUCGGGCGACGGUGCAUCGUUCAGGAGCGAGUGCAUCUCGGGGCUCCCCCGGAUAACCGCGAAAAGGGCGCCGGUGGUGUGAGCCUUGGGGACUAUGUUCUCAUCGAGGCGGGUUCGGUUGUUGAAGCCGGAGGGACAGAAAUUGGUGAGGGCAGCGUCAUUCAGGUCGGAAGCAAGAUUGGGGGCGGUGCCAAGAUUGGUAAAAACUGCACGGUGUCUCACUUGUCCGUCAUUGCUAGCGGCGAGGUACUACCCGACAACACAGUUGUUUACUCAAAUGGAACACGGCGAACCGACAAGCGCGGAACUCCAGAACUCCGGAAGCUAAGCAUUGUGAAGCAGAUUGCUAUGCUGAGGAAGAUGAUACCGAGUAACCCAGACAAGUUCCGAUAG